GUAUCUUGGUGAGUCAUUCCUGUUGCAGAGGUCUACCUGGACAGCAUGCAAAGCGCCAGUGGUUACGACAGCGAUGAAGAACUGGAAUUCAGGGAGACCCAGGUCCCCUACAUAAACCCACAUAUUCCCUUCACGGGGAGGAUCGUAGGGGGUCUCCGGGAAGGACACAUGGUCACCAUCACAGGGCGUGUUCUUUCCACAGACGAAAACAGGUUUGAAGUGAACUUUCAUAUUGGCAUCAGAGACACGUACAACAUUGCCUUCCACUUCAGCCCUCGGUUUGAAGGAAGCGGGUAUGUGGUCUGCAACACGAAGCAGCUAGGAAACUGGGGGCUGGAGGAGAUGAAGAUGCAGAUGCCCUUCCAGAAGGGGAGUCCAUUUGAGAUCUGCUUCAAGGUAGACAGGUCCGCGUUCAAGGUGAUGGUGAAUGGCAGCAUCUUCCUUUUUUAUGUACACCGUGUGCCCUGGCAUGAAGUAAACGCCAUCACCAUCAAGGGCUGCGUGGAAGUGUCCGACAUCUACUUCCAGAUAUAGAAAUCCCUACCGUGUGGAAGAUGUUCACUGCAUGGUGCUCACACGGUCAUAGAACCCAGAAGCUUGAUGAUAUUGGCUGCUGAUUACCUCACCACCAACCAAUCAGAAGACAUCCAUGAGCUGAUCACACAUCCCUCACCCUCUCCCUCACCCUGUGUUUAAGACCAUUUCCCUGAAAGUCAUCGUGGAAUCUGGGGUUUUGAAGCUUGCCUGGGCUCCUUGCUUGGUACCUGCAAUAAAUGCUGCGCUUUCCUUCAUCAUAA